AUGUCUGACAACACUCUCGGCCCACUCAACAAGGCAUCUGCUCUACCGGAUCAAAGCCUUCAACCACAUGAACAGAAGCCAUGGUUUUUGGAAAACGGCCGGUACUAUGGAAAUUUCUGCACCGGGCGCAACAUGCUUCCCGUAGACAAAGAGGAACAGGAUCGAAUGGACAUGAUGCAUGAACUUUUCUGCAUCAUGCGUAAGCCAGAUACGACGCACGGCCUACAUGAAGCUCGACUUCAUACAGGAAAACCAUUGAUCCUCGACUUAGGAUGCGGCACCGGAAUUUGGGCAAUGGAUAUGGCUGCCAAGUACCCAGAUGGCAUAGUCAUUGGGCUAGACUUGAACUUUUGGCAACCGGAAAGCAUCCCACCCAAUACCGUGUUCAAGCGCCAAGAUAUCGAAGAGCGCCAAUGGGAUAUGGAGUCAGACUCUGUUGAUCUCAUUCACAUUAGAAUGUUAUCAGGAAGUAUCCGGGACUGGUGUGGCUUAUACAAAAAUGCUCUUCAAUAUUUGAAGCCCGGCGAAGGUGUAAUCGAACACGUGGAAAUUGAUUGGGAACCCUUGAGUGAUGACAACAGUUUACCAUCGGAUUCAAAAUUCCGGCUGUGGUUCAAUGAAGUCAACUUGGCUUACGAAGAUGCUGGACAGCCUAUUAGCCUUAAAUCAUCACCAAAGUCCUGGUUCGAGGAAGCAGGAUUCGUUGACAUAAGGUGCAACAUUAAAGAAAUCCCAUGCCAUCCAUGGCCCCGCGAUAAAAACUUUAAGGAGGCCGGAACAUUCUUCCAAACCGCAGCAAUCACAUGCAGGGGCAUGGAAGCAUUGAGCAUGGCGCCUCUCACUCGAUACAGGCAAUUCACCAAAGAACAGGUCACUGCCCUUGUUCAGGGUGUCGAACAAGAACUUCGCACUGAAUCUAAGAGAGCGCACUGCCGUAUAGCCCAGCCACGCCCAGUUAUAGCUGGGCCAGUAGGAGGAGGAGGCGGCGGCGAAGGAGUUGGUGGUGGUGGCAUUAUUGAUCUCGAUGAAAUAGAGACUGAGAAUGGGCCUCACGGAGUUGUCUGA